GUGUGUGUGUAUAUAUGUGUGUGCGCUGCUGCAUUUCGUCCGGCCGCGAAGCUGCUCCAAAACACGGGCUGCGAGCGGGGCUCGUUGGCGUCCCCGCCGCGGAGGUGCGUGUCCGGGUGAGAGGGGAAAGAGAGACAGGCGCAGAGGGGGGGGGUCCGCGCUGCGUGAGACCAGCCCAGAGCUGGCACUCGGAGUGGACUGAGAGCCAUCUCGCCCCCCACACCCCUGCUCCACGAUAUGCUGCUGCUCAGACUCGGCUCGCCGGCUGCGGAGGGCUCGCUGCUCCUGUCGGGUGAAGACAGCUCCCCAGGGACGUCGGACUCGAGCUGCAACCGGCCGGACCGGAGAACGAGGAGGCGAGAGAAGAACCGGGAAGCGGCUCAGAAGAGUCGCAAAAAGCAGACGGAGAGAGCCGACACUCUGCACAAGGUAACGGACAGCCGCCCUGUUCGAUUAAUCGAUAGGUCUAGGUGGGUUAUCGGGGGGGGGGGGGCGGCCUGAGACGCAGAUCCGAGAGAGACUUCUUUUCCUGGACUCUGUCAUUCGGCUGUGACCUCGUCUUUUCCUUUCUCCUUCCUGAGAAGUUACUUUUACGGGCGCUCGGGAAAGGCAAAGUUGUUCUCUUAUCAUCGUCAUCUUCUUCAUCAUCAUCAUCAUCAUCUCUCCUCUCCUCCCUCUGCGGCCGCACGCUGACAUUUCUGGCGGGGGGGCGGGGUUGCGCAACAGGCGCGGGGGCUCCGGUUGAGCAACCGAGGCGCCGGCUGACAUCAGGUCGCGCUACUCCUCCGCAAACUCCCCCCUCCCCCCUUCCUCUCUCCCUCUCCUCCUCCUCCUCCUCCUGCUCCUCUCCUGUCGAGAGCCACCGGCGUCGCGCGCUUGCCUCCCCGGCGAGGGAGAUUCCCAGCAGGAAGCGGGUCAGCACCCUUCCUCCCUCCCCCCUGAUCCCGGAGAUUAGGAAAGACACGCCGGGCCACCCGCGUCCUGUCCGAGGCUCCGUCGUCGCCUUCUUGUCGGUCAAGAAUUCAAGGCGAAGGAACACCCGGGGCUUUUUAUUAAUAUGAAAACG